CCAAUCUCUUAUAAACACACUACACUUCGUGACAAAAAUGAGUUCAAAUUCUGAAUCCGGUGAGAAUUUCCAGGUCUAUGGGGAAAGAGCAGAACUCGUCGUCCUUCCUCCUCCACAUAACGGUUCGGUGCCUCCCACCCAUAACCACACCGCGUUAUACCUCAUUUCCUCGCCACUUCCACACGACAUCUCUACCUUAAAGUUCGAUAUCACAAGCCACGACCAGGGCUGGUGCAGCAACCCCAAGGACGGAAUCUGGUCAUGGUUCGCGAUAUCUAUCCUGGCCCCGGGGUGCGGAGGCACUACCAAUCCCAAUUUGGACGACCUGUCACGUCCUGGUUGUGUCAUGUCGCGCCCAGAGGAUUUCGAACCACUGGUGAACCAGCGGGGAUUAUACUUCAAAAAUCUUCCGAAAGAACUAGCAGCACCAAACUCGCUAAUCAGCAUGAGGAUUGCUGAGAAUAGCAUUCAGCAUAAUUGGGUACGAAUGUCGGUUAUCUGCCCAUACCGCGAGGAUAACGCAAUCAACAACAGCCUCUUUCGUUUGUUUGAUCCGGGUGAUCGGGUCGUAGUGUGGGCAAGAGCACAGAUCUCACAACAGCAAGGGCAGACUUACUCUGGAAGCUCGAAGACGCCUCCAGAAGAUGACGUUAGUCAGAAUGCAUCAGAGGGUGCGCUUCGCCACUCUGACCUUGACGACGCUACUCAUGCCUCUGUUGUUGAGGCUCCACCAUCCACACAAGACAACAUGCAAGAGGAAUUCUCUCGAGGAAGUUCUCUACCGGAAUCUGAUAUGGCUAGUGGAGGUGACAAAAAGGUCGUGGUCUCCAUCGACUGUUUCACCGAUAUGCUAGAGAAGGAUCUUUGCAAUAUUCCUGUUGACGACCCUGGUAGAGCCGUCCAUCUUGCCAGGACCGCACGCCACUUUACCUUCCUCUUUUUGCAAUUUAGGAGAAUGGAAGAUAUUGACAAAGCAUUGGCAUAUUACCAAGAAGCUGUCAUGCUCGAGCCAGAGAACCCUGGGCAUCGAAGCCUCCUUGCCUCUGGUCUUGUAUUGAAGGACUAUGUUACCGGCAAUGAUCAAGGUCUCCAACUCGCCAUUACUCAGCUGGAGAGAGCUACGGCACUCGAAGAUGACUCGCCUGGAAAACAGUAUGCAAUGACGCUUCUUGCUAUACUUUACGGAUCACGACAUCACCGCACAGGCUACGAAGAAGAUCUUCACAAAAUGCAGAGUAUUCUAGCUACCUUAGGGCCAGAAGACCCGGAUUGCGUUGUUAUCGGGAACUUACUUCGUCAUGAAUCUCUAAAUUAUAGCGAUGAGGGGAUGAAUAACGGAGAAGCAUUGGAUGAGACCAUUAAGCUUCUCAAUCAAACCGUUACCACUGGGUCUCUUACAGAUCUCACGAGACCAUUUGUGCAGAUGUACACCCAAUUACUACAUGCUCAACGCAGUGAACAGACCGGAAAUACAAGGGAUCUCGAUCUCGCUAUUUCGCAGUCGAGAAAGUUAUAUGACGGUUUACCAGAUGACUUCGUCCACCACGAAGCCGCUAAGGGGAGAAGGGAAUUGUCUUACUACCUGAUAAAACGGUGGGAGCGAACAAAAAGACUUGAGGACGCCCUGGAAGCCACAAUGGAGAUCAUCAAGGCUUACCGUGCAGCUCCACCGGUCAGCGAAAUAAAAUCAGACUUAAUAUCCUUGUUGUGCACCAUCGUGACCAGAUUUGAGGCACCUAAGCAUCUUGAUGCUCUAUAUGGGAACCUCAUCAACUUGUUCGAUAACAUUGACCCACAUCUAUUUGGUAAAUUAAGCAGUCAGGAAAAGGUUAAGAUUCUGAGUUCACGUGUACUUUUGUACCAAAAGUCGUACUCCAUCACUGGCAAACUCACUGACCUUGAAAGGUCUAUCUCAUUGUCGGAGGAUAUAUUACGCAUUCCUGGGCAACAUUCACGUGGUAUGAAUUUGACGCUUCAAAACUUAGCAAAAUUGUGGGUGAGAAAGUCCAUCCGCACCCAAGAGAAUGCAGCGUGGAUGCAGGCAUUACAAUAUGCGCUAGAGCCAUGCGCCGCGGAAGAAAAUUUGCCCAUCCGCCGCGUUCAGUGUGCUGAUUUGAUUGUUUACUGUGCUAUUAAAUUGGGAGAGUGGGAAUGGGCAUGUGAUACUGCAGAUGCCAUCUUUCCACUACUGCCUAAAGUUAGUGGCCGCGAUUUGGAGCAAGACGACAAAAUCGAGAGCCUCCGAUUGAUCUCCAGCUUUACGACUAACGUUUGCACUGCGUACCUAAGUGCAAUGAAAGCUUUCGACGCAUUACUGAAGCUGGAACAAGGCAGAGGUGUCAUGAUGGGUGAUUUAUUCGACAGUCAGAGUGACCUAACGGCUCUGCAGCAGGCCAAUUCUGAUCUCGCGCGAGAGUACGAGACGCUUCGUAACCGAGCCUUCCACCGCAUAGGUAUUGAUGAAAUGAAACGACAGUCACCAAAUGAGCGCCGGGAUGCCUUCCAAAAAUUGCGGCAUUGCGAGCUGCGUAUUCGCGAGAUGGAGGGCUUCGAGAACUUUCUGCAGUCAAUGACUUGGGAGGACAUAUCUCAAUGCUCCAUUGAAGGGCCGGUUAUCAUCGUCAACAUAUCGGACUUCGCCUCUGAUGCCAUUGUGAUCGUUCCCUCCGGACCCAUCUGCCUGCGUAUGAAUGAUAUGAAGCGGGAACAAGUGCCCGCAUUUCGAAACUAUCUGACGAGGAACGGCGGGGCGUAUUCCAGUAGCAGGGACCUGGAGAAUGACAUAUCGCAGGAAGGCUUUGACUACAGGGAUAUGCUCGCUUGGUUGUGGUAUACAUGCGUGAAGCAUAUUUUGGAUAACCUCGCUUUCCAUCAAGAAAUUUCAACUAGUGGACAGAAAACUCGGGUAUGGUGGAUCGGAGCGGGCUUGGCCAGCGGGCUGCCAUUCCAUGCUGCUGGAGAUUACAGAGGUGACCCGCCUGAUGAAGAUGAGAACUGCCUCUCUCGUGUUAUAUCCUCAUAUAUACCUACUGUUAAAGCGCUCCGAAAUGCCCGUGAACGAGCGACGCAGGCAAUGCACCGAGUCGCCGCGGCGGACAAGCUCUCGCUCCUCAUCGCCACGAUGCCCGAUACUCCCGGUCAUGGAAUGCUGAGCGGUGUUCGGCAAGAAGCAGAAAGAGUCACUGAGGUGGUAAACCAAGCCAUGAAUGUACGACAUAUGGUGGAGCCUUCCAGCGAAGAAGAUACUGCUGAGUCCGGGAAAGUGGUUGAUAAACUCACGGUUUCCAAGCUCUUGGAAACUCCAGCUAUGUCGCGCGCGUGGAUUGCCUAUUUAUCUGCGUGUUCUACCGCGGAGAUACGUGAUACAAACUUGAUGAAUGAGGGUCUUCAUAUAACGAGUGGCUUUCUCAUUGCUGGAUUUUCGCACAUUAUUGGAUCCAUUUGGCCUGCUGAUGACCAGAUCUCUGUUGAUAUGGCUGCCUUCUUCUAUGAUGCUUACGUCAAAAGACGCGCAACUGCUGUCGACCCUAACCGCGCAGUAGCGGAAGCUGUCCAUGAUGCAACACUGCGAAUCAGGAAGAAGUAUGCCUAUGAGCCGCUGGCUUGGGCCUCGUAUACUCACGUCGGGGUGUAG